AUGCCUGGCAAUGGAGCAUUGAUGCCAAGAGGAGGAGGAGAAUUUUUCCCCGACCGGAGGGCCACUGAGACUACGGUGUUCCCGUCUGAGGCAGAAGCCGUAUUUGCGCGGAUGCGCAUGCUUGGUCAAAAGUGUAAGAACGAUUCUGGUCGCCACAAGUUGAGUAGAGAUCCUAUUACUGGAGAGAAGUUGCUCGUUUUGCGGUAG